AUGAGAGUCCCUUACGUCUCUAACCCUCCCGAGACCAAGACGGAGGAACAUGCCGCUAUUGUAAAGCGCAUAGAAGAGCGCCGUGCUCCUCGACCUCUUCAGUCCCUGGACUUGGCUCUCCUUCACUCCCCUCAUGUCGCUGAUGGUUGGAACUCAUUCCUCGGCGCUGUUCGCACCAAGACAACACUCACUGACGACAUUCGCGAGCUUGCCAUUUCCCGAGUUGCUGUGUGCAAUAAGGCGUGGUAUGAGUGGAAGCACCAUGCACCACUGGCUGUGAAGGGAGGUGUUUCUGAGGCUGGGCUUGAGGCUAUUAAGCAGGACACCCUUGGCGAGCGUCCUGCUGGGCUGUCAGAGAAGCAAUGGGCUGUGCUGCUGUACACGGAUGAGAUGACGAGGAAUGUCCAUGUCAAGGACGAGACGUUUGACCGUCUGCGAGAAUUCUUCAGUGAGAAGGAAAUCGUGGAAGUCACGGCGACAGUCGCAUGUUACAACUGUGUAAGCCGUUUCCUGGUGGCACUAGAUGUUGGUGAGAGAAAUGGCACCGGUCCCGAGCCUGUAUCUGGUCACUGA